AUGGCUGCCUUCCAAAUCUUCUUCUCCAUCUUCUUGUUCGGCUUCUUUUUCCUUCCUCAAAUAGCAUCAAGUGACACCAACUGCAAACCUUCAUCUUGCGAUGGCACCCAAAAUCUGCAGGUGACGUUUCCUUUCCGACUGAAAGGCUCUCAAGACAAAACGUGUGGCUGUGGUCCGGGGUUCGAUCUCUCAUGCAACAGCCAAAACCAAACAAUUCUCACUCUCCCUUCCUCCGGCUACUUCGUCGUCACAGAAAUCUCAUACCCGGAGCAGUGGUUGAAAAUCGGCGACCCGGAACAGUGCAUUUUCAAACUGUUGUUGCACAACUUUAGUCGACCGGGCUCUCCUUUCCAGUUGGAAUAUCCUCCUUAUGAUCUUCAUCGUAUAAACAGUACCUUCUACAACUGCUCCUCCAACGUGACGGAUACGCACAGUCGAUAUCCGCCCAUCGAUUGCCUUGGUAGCGAUGACUAUAAAGUCUUGAUCGCGCCUACUGGUCACGACGAUCACUCGCUGCCACCGGCGUCGUGUCGGGCGAUAGGGACCGCUUUGAUGCCUCCUAUUUGGCUCAUGGGUAAUUACUGUUGA